AUGCUGCCUAAAAUAAAAACUUGGACAGAACCCGUGGGUCGCUUAGCGGCGUCCCUUUGGGCCAAAGUCCCUACUUUUAACAAUACUGCGCCAAAAGUGCGCGCAAAUAACCUGGGUCAAGUUAGUAACAUACAACAUCAGUUAGUAGCAUUCCAACAAUCUUUUAAACCACACAAAAGUGGUCAGCAAGUUCGCGAAGACAAUAAACUUUUCGAGUUGAUCAAGAAGGCUUUUCCCAUUGCAAACUCUGUCAAUCCAUUAUAUAAACAUGCUUAUAUUCCAAUCGAGAGGCUUAGCCUCUUUCAGAAACAUCCCGGCAAUACUUUGCUUACUAGCGCAGUAUACAUGCGACACUGUAGCAUGAGAGAUGCCUUCAGAUAUUCAAUCAGACGUAACUUUACCUGUGGUGCUAAAGCCAUAAACAAUGCUGCGACUGUCAAUGGGAGCCUCUCGCAAUUCUACGCUAAACCUUUCGCUGCCCUUCCCAAUAAACUUGGUACUCGAUGGAUGGAGAAACAGGAUAUGAAGGAUCGGAUUAUGCAGUACGAAGAAUUCGAAAAGAAAGCAACCAAGAGUUCUGUGGAAGCUUCCAAGAAGACUGCUAGUUUUGAUACGUUCAAUCUGAGGAACGUUGUACCGUUUGGAACGUCUGUUGUCAAGGAAUUGCCAGCUUGUGAAAAGGCAAACGAGGACGUUGAAUCAGAGUUUGAUGACAGCCUAGUUGUUUAUCAAGAAUCUUUCGAUGACUCUCCAGUUUUGGUAACCUUAACACAGAUUCAAAUGUCAAUUAAACUUUGUCAAUUGGAUGUUGAGUCGCUCGUGAGUGAAUCUAUUGAUUCUAUGAUCACGAUCAUGAACAACCCGAUAAACAAUGAAACGCGUAAUAUACCAUUGGACUCUGCUUUCGUUCGUAAUCUCAACGACAUUUUUCAAACGAGAUACAACCAUAUUCUGAACGCAUUGACUAUUCUGAGGUUAUUGCUCGGACAUGGGAAGUUCCAAGUCAGAAUUAUGAAUGGAGAAUUGCGAGUACUGUUUCCGGUUGGCAUGAGCAGAGAUGAAGUCGAGCAUAUGCUGAGACGUUUGGCUAUUGAUAUUCAUAGUCCGACUUUUGUUCUUGUUGAAGAGCAAGUGGAGCAAGUAGUGUCCACUGAUGUGGAUGGGUUGUCUGACAUUUUGUCUAGAUUGGAAUCUGUCAUGGGGUCAUCUUUCGCAAGCGAAAAUUUCAACGUGUUUACUAUUAGUCCUCCAGAUUUUGCCGAUAGUACCUCAGUCGAUGAAUAUGAUGAAGUCGAGCUCUCUUCGAGUCGCCAAACGGUUCUUCUGAACGACGGAUACCACCCCAGCAAGCCAAAGGGUGUGUCACCUGUGGUUGACUUUCUGAAUGAACUUGAUCAUUUGACUAAUAAUCGUAGUAUCAGGUGGCCCAACAAGAGCUUCGACGUGGGUAAAUUUUCUAGGUAUUAG